AUGUUGGCGCGGGAGAAGCGUUGGGACAGCGACAUCUCGUCCGGGUCAGACUCGGAUGAUGCCCAUGUUGCUGUUCCCCCUCCCGUCUCUCAACCCGCCCGGACGACCGCGUGGUUCCCGCCGCCGCCGCCGAUGCCGAUGUCGACGCAACGACAGAUGCCCCCUACCACGGCCCAAGUGCAGCACAAGCGCGUGCAGAUUGUCGAGCAGAGACAGCCCGUUCACGCGAUGCCUGUUUUACCCGAGUUGAUUGUCUCCCCUGCACCGCCGCUGACUCCAGAGGCAAGAUCGCCAAUGACGCCGAUGACGCCGGUGGAGCACCUUGUUCAUUCUCGCAAGGGUCUUGGUCGUGGGAAAUCGAAGCGCAAGACGAUUAUGGAGUUUAUUGACGGGUGGUGGGAUUUGGGGCUGUUGGAGCAGCAGAAGAGGGCUGCUUCUAGGAGGAAGUGA